AUGCCGGCUGCAAUUAGACCUAUGAAAAAGACGGUAUCCUUCAGUAAGGAUGUAUCAAAUAACAACAACAAUUUAGAAUCUGAUUCUGAUACUAAACAAUCGCCUCAAUCAUAUUUGACAUUUAUCCCUCAAAUUAAAAAUAGUUUAUUAGUUGUUCCAUUUCAUAAUAUAUUUAUACUUGUUGGGAUGUUUUAUUCUGGGUUAACUCAAGAUUUAGAAACGGUGAUGUGGAAAGGGUUUCUUACAAGUAUACCUAUACAAGUGAUUUAUAAUUACAUUAUUUAUAUCAAUUUAUUACCAUUAAAGAAAUCAACUAGAAAUGAUCAUCAAAAUAAUUCAAGUGGUUCUGCUAUUAAUAAUAAUAAUAAUAAUAAUAAUAACAAUGUUCCACUUUUGAUUGGAUCGAGUAUAUUUGUUAGUAUUGUAUUAUCAUUGCCAUUAUUUGUUGUGAUUAUUUUAAUGGGGGCACCAGUUUAUAAAUAUUCAUUGAAAACUUUAUAUUUGUCUUUACAUUUAUCUCAAUUAAUUUUUAAUCCUUUAAUUAUAUUAUCCAAUUUGAAUGUCAACAAAAUUAAGAGAUUAUUCAAACAGGAUCAUUUGUACAGAAUUAUUUUCCAUCAUGGUAUAUUAUCUAGUGUUUUGUUGACUUUGGGUGGUUGUUGGUUAGGAGUUAUACCUAUUCCUUUAGAUUGGGAUAGACCAUGGCAACAAUGGCCAAUUACAUUGUUAGUUGGAGGUUAUUUGGGUGGGGUUGUAGGUGGGGUUUUGUCGUUAAUAGUGAAUUAUUUCUCCCACUAG